AUGACAAAAACUAAAAACAUCUUGGCGGUAGCGGCUCUCGUAUUGAGCAGUGGUAUCAGUAUUCAUGCACAGCUAGCAUUGUUUGAACCUCCAACUGGCAUGUAUUUGGGAGCAUGGGUUGAUGGAACUCCCGUAAAUGGCCUUCCUUCUGAUUCUCCAGCGAUGCUGAACAAUCGUUCUAACAGGUUGUUUUCAGUUUACCACUUCGCACAAAACAUUCCUGGAAACUCAAGUUCAUCAAACUAUGUCGACACUACUGCGUACUUUGCUCAACCUCAGCUAGACGCAACCACCUCAGACGCAAUCUUGUUUCUUACGGUCUAUCCUAAAGGUCCCAAUGGACUGAAUGUUACAGACGCAGACAUUAACCAACUGGCCUUGCAAAUGCAGAGUCUGAAUCGAGCAGGUCGUCGAGUCAUGUUACGACUCGCACCUGAGAUGAAUGGUUCUUGGAACGUAUGGGGUCAGCGCCCUUCAAGUUUCAUCGCAUUUUGGAAACGGGUCGUCCCUGCUGUUAAAGCAAUAGCCCAAAAUGUUGCUUUUGUAUGGUCUCCAAGUUCAGGAAACGGUUAUCCCUUUUUAAAUGGUGCAUAUUCUCCUGUAAAUGGAAGCACGGAUUACCUAGCUAUGGACACCAACGGAGACGGCAUUCUUGAUAUUAACGACGACCCGUACUCAGUUUAUUAUCCAGGUGACAGUUUCGUAGAUUGGGUUGGACUGUCGAUUUAUUACUAUGGACAAAGCUAUCCGUGGGUCAACAAUGUUUUGCCAGUACCUGGACAAACAGCUGCUGAAAUAUUCGGCACGAAUUCGACUACUUUGGGUUCUAGCACAAACCAAUAUGGAAGCUUCAACUUCUACCAAAUGUUUUGUGUGAAUCGCUCAAAGCCGUUCGCUGCAUCAGAAUAUGCUGCCGCUUUCCAUCUCCCGGCUACACCAGCUAUGCAAGCUGCUGGCAUUUAUGAUGUUGCUCCAGGUAGUUCAAUCAUUGUAGCCACUCCUCUACAAUCAUCUUACACAAGUUACGCAAUAGGUCCUGGUGAGCUUGCCAUCAAGCAACGAUGGUGGCAACAAACUCUCACCAACUCAACCUUCCUGAAAAUGUAUCCUCGAUUCAAACUGUUCAACUUGUUUGAAUUUCGCAAAGUAGAGGAAACCACAUUCCGAGACUUCCAAGUCACCAAUUCAUCCAACCCAGUUGUAACAAAUGCUUUCUUCAACGACUUGGAUAACUCUGGUGUCAAGAUUGUGUAUGCCAAUUCUAGUUUGAAAGUACAAAAUCCUUCUAGUAAUACCACAGUAGGUGGUGACGGCAGUGGUGGUGCUAACAUUGUGAAUUCAAGUGCUGAUGUUUCAUCCUUCAUACCAUCCUCCGCUUCCAUGAUGGUAUUCGCUUUCAUAUCUGUGAUAUACUACUUUAUGUGA